CUGUAGCGUAGUUCCGCCUCCUCGUGGUGCAGCCUGGAUAACGCCAAAUGGACUACUGAAAAAAUGCUUAUUUUAAAUCGAUUUUAGAUCGUUAUCAAAGAUAGUACGUGAUUGCUACAAAAUUAAUCUGUUUGGAUCUAAGUUAAGCAUUUACCUUUCAUCAGAAAUAUUAGACAUGAAAAGAUUAAAUUUCAGUAGCGUACCUAAAAAAUAGAUCUUAAAGCACAGUGAUACUUCAGCAAAGCCACAAUCAUGAAUCUCUACACCGGACAACCGGAAUCCGACGACAGUUGCGUCGCCACAGACCUGGAGCAGCGCUACAAAAUGUUCCUGGCCGAAGGAUUUACGCCGGCGGAGGCCGCCCGUGAAGCCAAAGAAAUCAUCAAAUUCGAAUGGCUUGUAGACCAGGGCCGGGACCAGGACCAAGCUGCCCUGCUGGUGCAGAUGCCGCUACGUUCGCUGAUGAUGACCACGUUCUCGCAGAAACCCGCCGACCUGGGCUAUCCGGCGCGCGUUCAAUGGCUGCUGGAUCGGGGACUCUACACCUACGAAGAGGCCACCGUGUUUGCCUUUCAAAAGUUUGACUUUUUGGUGGUGAUGCACGACGAGGUGGAGUUGGCCGCAGGGCGGCAGCACCGGAUUCAGGACUAUUUCUCCGGGAAUCGACGUAACGUGCAGGCUAAAAGGAAGAGUACUUUUCACCCGCAAUUUGGGGAAUCAUUUGGAGCACCGGUGGCAAAGGUGGCCGCGGUUAAGCCCACGUUCCGGGAUAUGGUUUCGCCGGAGAUUGCUAGCGAGAUUGCGUCCUUUAGGAGCCAGCCGGUGCUAACGUUGCCAUUUCCGAAUAGUGGCAACCUGGACCGACUGUUGAAGGCGCCGAGUCCUAAGCCGGAAGAGGCACCACCGGUUGCGAUUGCUGUACCUGAACCUGAACCUACGCCAAGCACUCGCAAGGCUCCGACAAAGAAAGAUAUCGUUGUUCCUGUGGUGGCCAAAACGAAAAAGGCCGCUCCGAUCGCCAAACCUGCCUUCAAGUGGUCCUGGAAGGGAGCACGUGCCAACUUGGGUGCCGUUCCAGCAGGUUUUGGACAUGAUGACGAGGAAACUGCAUCUGUAUCCACAGUCACUGGACCGAAAGUACCUAAAGCUGACCAAGCGAGUCCCGUCCCAGACAUUCCCAGAGUUUUCAACGUCCCACCCCCACCGCUGCCAGUUCCACCUCCACCGAAUUCACAGACCUUGGAUCCAGCGCUGCUAACGCAACCUGUUUUUACUUGGGCGUGUCCCAUCGUGGUGCCACCAACCGUCGUCGAGAAAGCCACCGUGGUCACCCCGGACGUCGCAGUCUUCGUAGAACCUCCACCACUUCCUCCAGAACAGCCCAAACCACCGGAGCCCGAGCCGGAACCGGUUUUCAAAAUCGCGACAAUUACGACCGGACCAACGAAACCGCCAGCGGACCCAAGCAAGUACUCCUGGGUUAAUCCGGCCAAAAGAGAAAAUACGAAACCCGAGGAAGCACCACGUCCGAUUCCGUCGCUAGCGGCUGUUCCGGACAACAGUUCCAAGAACGCUCCGAAAAGCGCCACCGCUGCGGCGAACCUCAAGUGGUCCUCAACAAUUCCAACCAUCAACACCCGUUCUGGCAAUAACAUCGUGAUCACGCCUACCCCAGACGACAACCUCAAGUGGAAUCUACCUGCAACUCUAGCUACACCAGAAGAACCGAAAACAAGUGACGAAUUCAGUCUCAGCUGGGACAAGGCUUGGGGCGAGGCGACGUCGAGUGGGGGAACGAGUCGAUGGGCCAAUUUCAAACCGGUCGAGGGCGUCGAGGAGGAUCCGGACAAUCCCUACGGAGUGCCACUGCUGAACAGGCAGAGCGCUUCGCAACCCGCAAGGAGCACCAGUCCGACCAAUAAAGUUGAAGAUUUGUACGCGAUGCUGAAUCGGUUCGAUGGGAAGUAGCGAUCAAUUCAAUAAAUUCAUUUUAUUUACUUAGUUCA